CUCCACCACUCUUAUCUGCUGCUGCUGAACAACAAAAUUCUCAGUUGUAGCCUUCAUCUAAGCGUUAAACUAUGGGGAGUGUUUCUUCUGAGGAGGGGAGCGAGGAGAGGUGUGGGAGCUACAGCCUCAGCGCAGAUGUUAGCGAGUCGGAGAGCUCCAAUGGUGAUGUAGAGGAGGACGAGGGCGGCGGCGCCUCGAGUUCCGCGGGUUUUUCUCCAUUUGCUACCGGGAGUUCGGCGCCCUUGACGCCGACAUUCAGUUUCCCUGUGAUCGGAGGCAAGGAUGUGGUGGUUUGGGACGAGAAGCCUCAGAAACGUGGUUCGGAUUUGUCCGAAAUUGAGAUGAUGAAGGAAAGAUUCGCUAAGCUUCUUCUUGGCGAAGACAUGUCUGGAGGGGGUAAAGGAGUUUGUACUGCACUAGCCAUUUCAAAUGCCAUCACCAAUCUUUCUGCAACUGUAUUUGGGGAACUGUGGAGGCUCGAGCCAAUGGCUCCGCAAAAGAAGGCAAUGUGGUGCAGAGAGAUGGAAUGGCUCUUAUCUGUGAGUGAUUCAAUUGUGGAACUUGUUCCCUCAAUACAACAAUUUCCUGGUGGCGGGACGUAUGAGGUAAUGGCAACAAGACCGCGUUCUGACUUAUAUAUGAAUUUACCAGCACUCAAGAAGCUCGAUGCAAUGUUGCUUAGCAUUCUUGAUGGUUUCCGGGAUACGGAGUUUUGGUAUGUUGAUCGAGGAAUAGUUGUAGAUGAUUGUGAUAAGUAUUCAUCAGGUGUGUUGUGUGGGAGGCCUUCAGUUAGACAGGAGGAGAAGUGGUGGCUUCCAUGCCCUAAAGUUCCUGGAAAGGGAUUGUCAGAGGAUUCAAGGAAGAGGUUGCAGCAGUGUAGAGAUUGCACAAACCAGAUAUUGAAGGCAGCCUUGGCCAUAAACAGCAAUGUGCUGGCUGAGAUGGAUAUUCCAACUGCCUACAUGGAAACCUUACCCAAGAAUGGAAGAGAUUGUCUGGGAGAUAUCAUCUACCGCUACAUAACUGCUGAUCAGUUCUCACCAGAAUGUCUUCUUGACUGCCUUGACUUGUCAUCAGAGCAUCAUACGUUGGAUGUCGCAAAUAGAAUUGAGGCAGCAGUGCAUGUGUGGAAGCUGAAAGAAAGAAAGAAACACCCUAAUGUUCAGAAAUCUAAGCGGAAGUCCUGGGGUGGUAAAGUGAAGGGCUUUGUUGCAGAUGGAGAAAAAAACCAGUUUCUAGCGCAACGUGCUGAAACGCUCUUGCAUAGUCUAAGACUUCGUUUUCCGGGUCUUCCACAAACUGCACUAGAUAUGAGCAAAAUUCAGUACAAUAAGGAUGUUGGGCACGCUAUUCUAGAAGGCUAUUCUAGGGUAAUGGAGAGCCUAGCAUUUAACAUAAUUGCAAGGAUCGACGAUGUUUUUUAUGUAGAUGAUGCCACCAAAUGCUGUGUUGCAGCAGAGUCUAUGACAAUUUUCAAUAGGGGUGGAGGUUUCAGUGGCCUGCCCGUUCAGAAGAAGAUGUCGCCAAGUCCCUUUUCAAUUCAACACACACCCUACACAUCUCCUUUUGCUACUCCAACAUUUUGUUCAUCCCCACCCUUGCCCAGUAGCCCAAGAAGAUCCGUUACUCCUCUAAACAAAAGUGGCCUCACAGGAGUGCCGAACCAUAAGUUUGACAAAGUCAUGCCUGCUGACUUGGAUAAACUCUGGUCAUAUGCUGGGAAUCUUGGUUCCCGAAGAAUUCCAGGUGAUGCACCAGAGCGCGACUGAUAGUAUCUGGCUGACUGCUGUUGGGAGAGGUAAACCAGAGAAAGGUCAUCUUAUAUAUCCUGUAUAUUGCUUUAGCUUAGGUAUUUUCUUGUUGAAGUUUUGACCUGUUUUUCUAGCACUUGAUACAAAUAUUAGGUUUAUUUAUUUACUGUAGUUACGGAGUUUCAAUAUGCAAUCAGUAUGUGCCAUUAACUGAACUUGGUUAGUCUACAGCUUGUCGAUUACUGGACUUGAUUGUUGAUAACGUUUUUAGCAACUGCACUUGGUUGGUGAUAGAUGUUUCUAGCAACUGGGUGCGUACUAAAUUGAAGCUCUUCUCUGUAAAUUUCUUGUUUGCAUUUGGAUUUGAGAAAGCUUCAAAACAAGCUCUGAUUUGUGGAGUCUGAUUUGGAAUCAUAACAAA